AUGGAUGAGGUCUGUCAGUUCUGUCGGGCAUUCAAAUUUAGGAAUGAGAGUCCUGGAAUGUGUUGUGCGGGGGGAAAGGUCGUUUUGCACGAGGUGCAUUCACCGCCGGAACCUUUAGCAUCGUUAAUGCUCGGCCAGACGAGUCAGGCGAAUCUUUUUCUUCGAAGCAUUCGUAAGUACAACUCAUGUUUUCAAAUGACAUCUUUCGGCGCCACGGAGAUUAUACGAGACAAUUUUAUGCCUACCUUCAAAGUAUCAGGACAAAUCUACCAUCGGGUUGGAUCGCUUUUACCAUUGCCGGAGGCGGAUCAUCAAUUCCUCCAAAUCUAUUUCAUGGGGAAUUUCGACGAGCAAGUUGACCAGCGGUGUCGAUUUCAUUCAGGUGUCAACAGAGACAUCGUUGCAGCUUUGCAAGCUUUCUUGCAUCAACAUAACGAGUUGGUUCGGUUGUUCACGACUGCUUUGGAGCGUAUGCCCGAAGACGAUUACGUGGUUGUUAUCAGAGCUGACAAAACACCGACUGGAGAAAACAAGCAUCGCUUCAACGCGCCCUCAAUCAAUGAGGUUGCAAUCGUGAUAGUCGGAGAAGAAUUCAAUUCGCGAGACAUCAUUCUCCAUCGUAGAAACGGCGAUCUCCAGAGAGUGGCUGAAACUCAUCGGUCUUACGACGCAUUACAAUAUCCACUGAUGUUUUGGAGUGGAGACGAUGGUUACCAUUUCAAUAUUAGAAUGAGGAAUGUGCGAACGGGCCAAGAGAUGGACAAAAAGGUCAGCUCGAUGAAUUAUUAUUCUUAUCGUCUGAUGAUCCGAGAGAACCAUGAUAAUCAUAUACUGAGAUGCCGAGAAUUAUUCCAUCAGUAUAUAGUUGACAUGUAUGCGAAAAUCGAGAGUGAACGUCUUUUGUUCAUCCGGCUGAAUCAGACCAAAUUGCGAUCGGAAGAAUAUAUUCAUUUACGAGAUGCAAUAGCCACAGACGGGAAUGUGAAUCCGAAUCAUGUGGGAAACUCUGUUAUCCUCCCGGCAACUUUCACUGGAAGUCCACGUCAUAUGCAUGAGUAUGCUCAAGAUGCGAUGACGUAUGUUCGGGUCUACGGCCGUCCGGAUUUAUUCAUCACGAUCACAUGCAACCCGGCUUGGGAUGAAAUUAAAGACAAUUUGUUUCCUGGUCAGGCGGCUUCGCACCGUCAUGACAUCAUCGCGCGUGUUUUCAAGCGAAAAUUGAAAGCAAUGAUGGACUUCAUUGUCAAGCACCAUGUUUUCGGAGAGCCGCGGUGUUGGAUGUACUCCAUCGAAUGGCAAAAGAGAGGAUUACCGCAUGCGCAUGUUUUGGUUUGGUUGAUCCGCAAGAUAACCCCAGACAAUAUAGAUGCUGUCAUCUCAGCGGAAAUACCAGAUAAAGAUUCAGAUCCAGGAUUAUUCGAGGUCGUCACCAAAAACAUGAUCCAUGGUCCUUGCGGUGCGAUCAACAACAAAUCUCCGUGUUUGAAAGACGGAAUUUGUACGAAGAGAUACCCUCGGAAUCUUCAUGCGGAGACCAUAACUGGUAAUGAUGGAUAUCCUCAGUAUCGACGACGAUCAAUCGAAGACGGAGGGAGAACAACAACACUCAGGGUUCGCAACCAUGAUGUUGAAAUCGACAAUCGUUGGGUCGUACCGUAUUCCCCGCUACUUUCCAAAACAUUCAAAGCUCACAUUAAUGUCGAAUACUGUAAUUCGGUCAAAUCUAUCAAAUAUAUUUGCAAGUAUGUAACCAAGGGGAGUGAUAUGGCGGUCUUCGGAGUGGGGAACGCAUCAGCACCGAUCGACGAGAUAAAAAGAUACCAAAUGGGGAGGUAUAUUAGCAGCAAUGAGGCGGUAUGGCGUAUACUGUCCUUUUCGAUACACGAACGAUACCCUACGGUAGUUCACUUGGCUGUGCAUCUCGAAAAUGGACAACGAGUUUACUUCACUGCCGAAAAUAUGCAAUCGAAGGCGUCGUCACCACCAAAAACGACUUUAACAGCUUUUUUCUCAUUGUGCGCGAAAGAUUCGUUCGCGAGAUCGCUCCUCUACGCCGAAGUGCCCAAGUACUACACAUGGAAUGUUUCUACGAAAGCAUUUAGCCGUCGAAAACAAGGCAAGCCGGUUGAGGGACAUCCGAGUAUGUUUUCGACCGAUGCAUUAGGUCGAAUCUACACGGUUCAUCCUAACAAUCAAGAAUGUUUUUAUUUGCGCUUACUGCUGGUACACGUGAGAGGACCGCAAUCUUUCCAAGACCUGAGAACGGUGAACGGCGAAGUCCACGAGACCUAUCGAGAAGCUUGCUUUGCCUUGAAUCUUCUAGAAGAUGAUAUGCACUGGGGGAAAGCACUCAACGAUGCUUCGAGUACUGCUAUGCCUAAACAGAUACGCAUUCUGUUUGCAAUAAUUCUAACAACAUGUUCCCCUUCGAAUCCACAAGAUCUUUGGAAUGAAUUCAAAGAUCAUAUGAGCGAGGAUAUUCUCCAUCGAUACCGAACAGUGAGUCAGGACUACCACCUUCAAUUCACAUCAUCAAUCUAUAAUGAAGCUUUGAUUGAUAUCGAAACUAUAUGUUUGACCAUUGCUAACAAGAGAUUGAAUCAAUUGGGUAUGACCGCACCCGAUAGAGCAGCGGAAACAAUCUUCGAUCGCGAUCUCGCGCGCGAAACGAUUUAUGAUACUAACAGCUUGAAGUCUUUCGUGACUCACAAUCUUCCAAAGUUGACCUCAGAGCAACGUCAAGCAUACGAUACUAUUUUACAAGCAAUCGCGGAAGGCAAAGGUGGGUUCUAUUUCUUGGAUGCACCCGGAGGGACCGGAAAAACCUUCCUGAUAUCAUUGUUACUGGCGUCAAUACGAUCAAGAAACAAAAUAGGUCUCGCAAUGGCCUCAUCUGGAAUCGCAGCAACACUCCUGGAGGGCGGUCGAACAGCCCAUUCGGCGCUGAAAUUGCCAUUGAAUUUACAUAUCAACGAGACUCCAACGUGUAAAAUUUCAAAGAGGUCAGGGAUGGGGAAGAUCCUCGAAUCCUGCGAUCUUAUUAUUUGGGACGAGUGCACUAUGGCGCACAAAAGAGCCUUAGAAGCGUUACACCGUUUAUUGACAGACCUGAGAGGCAACGAGAGUCUGUUCGGUGGAGCUUUGAUCCUUCUAUCAGGCGAUUUCCGGCAAACUUUGCCAGUUAUUCCACGUUCCACACCCGCAGACGAAUUGAAUGCAUGUUUGAAAAUGUCACCUCUUUGGCAACAUGUAAAAAAACUAUCGCUGAGAAUUAACAUGCGUGUUCUAAUCCAGAAUGAUUCAUCUGCAGAAGUCUUCGCUAACCAGUUGUUGGACAUAGGCAAUGGAACGAUUGACGCUGACGACUCUUCUGAAUGCAUUUCACUGCCAAAGAACUUCUGCACGAUGACAUCUUCCAAGGAGGAUUUGAUUCAAAAAAUCUUUCCCGAGAUUUCCUCAAAUUAUGGGAAUCACGAGUGGCUAAGUACACGAGCGAUAUUAGCCCCAACGAACUCUGAUGUGAAUGACAUUAACUCAUCCAUCUUAAAUGAGGUGACAGGCGAUGAGAAGAUCUAUAAAUCGAUUGACACUGUGAUCGAUCAAGAAGAAGUUGUGAACUAUCCGAUAGAGUUCCUGAAUUCAUUGAACGUACCUGGUCUACCACCACAUGAAUUGACAUUGAAACUGGGAGUUCCGAAUCUUCUCCGGAACAUAAACCCACCCAGAUUGUGUAAUGGGACAAGGCUCGCAGUGAAAAGAUUAGCUGACAACAUCAUUGAAGCUACAAUACUGAGCGGAAAAUUCAAGGGAGAAGACGUUCUUCUACCACGUAUCCCAAUGAUACCUACGGAUAUGCCUUUCGAAUUCAAACGUUUGCAAUUUCCGGUAAGACUUGCUUUCGCGAUGACGAUAAAUAAGAGCCAAGGGCAAACUUUAGAAGUAUGUGGUUUAGAUCUGACGAAUCCAUGUUUUUCUCAUGGACAACUCUACGUUGCAUGCUCACGGGUCGGAAACCCCUCUAACUUAUAUGUUUACGCGCCAGAUGGAAAAACGAGGAACAUUGUGUAUCCGCAAGCCUUGAAAUAA